AUGUCUGCUGAAUUUAUUGAAUCAACACAUGGUAAAAAGCAAUUAUGUUACCUCGGUUAUCGAUAUUGUUUCAAACGUAAAAAUCAAAAUGGAUCUGAAUAUUGGGUUUGUGUAAAAUGCACGGCAACAGCGACAAGUUAUUCAGAUUUAUCCGUUGUAGUACGUGAUGAACAUACACAUUUACCUGAUGAAACUGACAAAAUUGUCUUAGAAAUGCGAAAAAAUUUAAAACGAAAAGCUAUAGAAGAUUCUGGUCCAAUAGAUCGUAUAUUCGAAGAAGCUUAUCAUAUAAUUAAUAUUAAAUCCAAUGAUUUGAUUGUUAAUUUACCGUCUAUUAACACAUUAAAAAAUAAUUUACAAAAGCAUCGUCGUAAAACUCGUCCACCAGUUCCUCGAUCAAUUGAACAACUUCCAUUACCAUUACCUGAUGUUUAUUGCAAAACAACACAAGGUGAUUGGUUUCUAUUAUAUGAUGGACUACUUGGUGGUACUCGUUCACUUAUUUUUUCCACUUACAAUGAUAUCGUUUAUUUAUCACAGCAACAACAUUGGUAUAGUGAUGGCACAUUUUAUACAUGUCCAUCUAUCUUUUAUCAGAUUUACUCUAUUCAUGCAUGUUAUGAUGGAAUUUCUACUCCAUGUGUCUUUGCAUUACUUGGAGGUAAAUCUGAAGAAAUUUAUUUUGAUUUAUUUGCAAUAAUAUUCAGAAAAAUGAUGGAAUUUCAAUUAUUCAUAAAAUUACGUACCAUUACCAUUGAUUUUGAAUUAGGUGUUGCUAAUGUAUUUGCCAAACAUUAUCCAACUGUUACUGUUCGCGGUUGUUUAUUCCAUUUCGGCCAAGCUUUAUUCCGUAAAUUUGUUGAUAUUGCAAUAUCAUUAUUACCAUUACAUCAUAUGUUAUGGGGUUUACAAUAUUUAGUGGGUAUUAGACCUAAUUAUCCAGGUAUUCAAACAUUUCUUGAUUAUUAUCAUAAUACAUUUGGGCCGUUCAGUCGAUUUCUACCACAUAUGUACAAUCAUUAUCGUAAUAUUACACCUCGAACAAUUAACUAUUUAGAAGGUUGA